UAUAAAAUACUAAAAUUGUACAUGUAUCUUUCAACGAAACGUCGGAAACGAAACAAUUUUGAUUGUAAAACUGUAAAAGCCAAUCGCCUACGUGGAAUAACUAACCGGGAGAUGAAUAUCCCGUCAUUUGAAAUGACUACACAACUGCUGAUUCGCUAGGAGCGAAAAUGUCUGGUAUACCGUGGGAAGACGAGGAAAGUCAAAACUACAUUCGAGCGGAACAUAUCGUCACGGUUGCUGUAAAGAAUGAAUUAAGGAGUUUCUUUAUUCAGGAAUGGAACAAACGUUACCAGGCUUCUCCUGGAGAAUGGGAUGAUACUAACGUAAGUGGUUCUCAUUUGUGUAAUUUUGAGAAAUUGCGGGUAAGGCCAAAUAAGACUAUGCUCCAGACCAAAUUUAAACAUGGAGAUACAAAUGAGUGGGAUUGUACUGUACUUUUCGAUGCAAUUCUUUAUUCCCACUCUAUUGGUGCAAGUCUUAAUCCAACGCAAAAGACUGAAAUCGAUAAUCUCAGAAAACUACGUAAUGAAAUAACUCAUAAACCUGUAAAAACGCUCGAUGAAACAGACUUUCAAAUGAAGACAACAAUUGUUGAAAAUGCAUUGAAUGCACUGGGACUGUCAAUCAAUGAAGUCGUUCGAAUAAAAAACCUCUUUGCAUCGUUUAAAGUUCUUCCUCCCAAGCCAACUCAUGAAGUCGUUUCCCGUUCUGACGAAGUACGCGAGAUAAGAGAAAACCUUGAAAAGUUGCACAGUGAUAGCAGCAGAAAACUCACAUAUUUCUACAUCUCUGGGAAUCCAGGCAGUGGAAAAUCGCAACUCGCCAGACAAGUUUGUGAAGAUAUUUGCAAUGAUAUCGAUGCGAAGGACGAAGCGAUGUUUUUAAUGACAUUGAAUGGAAAAGACCUAGAUUCUCUAUUUUAUUCGUAUGAAGAUUUCUGUCGUCGGGUAAAUUGCAACGAAAGCGUAUUAAUUAAUGUUUCAAGCUCUUCAAAACCAACUGAUGAGAAGAUCAAGGAUUUGAGAUCACAGAUAUCCAGCAGAAUUAAGAAUUGGAAAAAGUGGUGGAUUAUUGUGGAUAAUGUGGAAAAUCUUGAGCUCAUUUCCCCAUUACUGCCUCUAAUAGGCGACGAAGUUUGGAAUAAUGGUCAAAUCAUAUUGACAACACAAAACACAAAUGCGAUUCCAUCAGACGGCGUAUCAACUAAGCAUAAUUCAAUUAGUGUUGGUAUGAGAGACCAAGACUGUCGCCAGCUUCUUAGUCUGUUAUCAAAAACAAACGACAAUAAUGCAUUACUAGAUGAGGUGGCAAAGAAAUUAGAUCGUCAACCACUGGCAUUGGCUGCGGCAGCCUUGUAUAUGAGACUAGUCAUCGAAAGUUGCCCUGAUUUUUCGUGGCGGGAAUAUUUAGAUAAAAUAGAAAAAGGUAAAAGAAAAUCUACGGAAGAACGUCUUCGGAAGACAAAUUCAGCAGCAUAUCCAUUAACCAUGACUACAGCCAUGCGUUUAGCUGUUGAAAAAUGCGCGGAAUAUGACACAAUUCUUGACUAUGCAUUCAAACUUUUCUCUUUGAUAUCUUUUGAACCACUACCACUUGAUCUCGUUGUUAAAUUCAUUCAACAACAAGACGAAGACAUAGAUACCGUGGAUAUAAUUCUUGCAAUACGUCAAUGCUCGCUGUUUAUUUAUGUUGGAAAAAGCCAGAAGGAUAUUCGCCUUCAUCGUGUUGUCCACGAAACAGUCAAAACAUUUUGUCUUUUAACGGAAUCAGAAAUUGAAAAUUUAACCAAGACUGGAAUUUCAAAUAAAGCGCAAAAUAUAAGAAGAAUAUUUCAUGUUGUAAAAACAUUGUAUUCUUUCCAAAAUAGGGAAGAUAAAAUUAAAUUAAUCCCUCACUUAAAAACAUUUUACCCGGAAAUUAUCAAAUUGUUACCAAAGGAAACGUUAUAUGAAUUAUAUAUAAGCAUUGAUAACAAUGAAAUCUGUGCAAUGUAUCGAUUUUUCGCGGACACUCUACGUUACUAUUCCGAGUUUAAUCUCUCGAUAGAAUUUCUUCAAGUGGUACUGAGACUUUAUUCAGAAAAAUUAGGAUCAGACCAUGUUUACAUUGCUGAUUCUUAUUGUGACCUGGGUACUGUGUACAAUGAUAAAGGUGAUCAGGAACAAGCUAGUUAUUUUCUUCAUCAAGCACUGAAAAUUGGAUUAAAACAACCAGAAAGGGAUAAUGUUAACAUUGCUCGUUAUUACAACAACCUGGGUAGCUUUUACCGCAAGAAAGGUGAUUUUAACAAAGCUAGAGAAUGUUAUGGGAAAGCAUUGCAAAUUAAAUUGAAACAAUUAGGGCCAGAUAAUAUUGAAGUUGCGGAUUCAUACAACAAUAUAAGUACUGUGUGUUGUGAUCCGGAACGUGCUGGUAAUUAUUAUCAGCAGGCACUGGAUAUUUUUUUGAAACAAUUAGGUCCCAACCACAUAAAAGUUGCUGGCACCUACAACAACCUGGGUAUGUUGUGUAUUUAUAAAGACAAAUUAAGUGAUGCUCGUACCAAUUUUCUGCGAGCACUGACAAUUCAAGAGGAUCAAUUAGGGCCAGAUCAUAUUGAUGUCGCUAGUUCAUAUGAUAACCUGGGUGAAGUGUGUCUAAGAGAAAGUGAUCUGCACCACGCCAAGGAAUAUUUUCAGAGGGCACUUGACAUUCGAUCGCGACAGAUGGGGGCAAAUCAAAUUAGCGUUGCUACGUCUUACGACCACCUGGGUAGUUUGUGUCUCAAAAAAAGGGAUAUGGACUACGCCAGAUAUUUUCGUCAAUUGGCAUUUGGUAUUAUUUCGCAACAGACGAAACAAAAGAGCGUUGCCACUUCCAACAACCAACAGGGAAUAGUGAGCUUCAAAGGAAGGGAUCUAGACGACGCUAGAGAUUAUUUUCAACGGGCACUUGAUAUUCGAUUGGUUAAGUUUGACCAAAAUCAUAUUGAUGUUGCUCGCUCAUACGAAAACCUGGGAGAAGUUUGUCUUCGAGAAGGUGAUAUACCGCACGCCAGCAAGUAUUUUCGACGGGUAUAUGAUAUGCAAUUGGAAAAGUUUUGGGCAACUCAAAUUGGCCCUGAUGUUUUAUUCGACUACCUGGGUAAAAUAUGUCUCAAAGGAAAGGAUCUGGACCACGCUAGAGAUUACUUUCAACUGGCACUUGAUAUUCGAUUGAAAAAUUUUGGGCGAAAACAUUUUGACGUUGCUUCUUCCUACUACAACCUGGGUGCAGUGUGUUUUGAAAACGAUGAUAUUGAAGAUGCACACAAGCAUUUUAAACUAGCCAUGAAAUGCCGUUAGAAAUAUUACAGCACACUCAAAUGUGAUUAGUAUAGGUAUAUGUAUAAUGUAUAAUAGCAUGGUUUCGAGUGUAAUUUGCAAAAAACAUGCACUAGUGAGUUUAUCAAAAACUUCAAUUCAAUUUGAAGUCUUUGAAAAACUCACGAGUGCAUGUUUUUUCCAAAUUGCACGAGAAUCUCUGCUAUUAUACCUAUUAAUAAUAUGCAUUAAUGAUCACGGAGAAUGCUUUACAGAGCACUAAACCUACUAACUUAUGAUGCCCUCUGGCGAUCGGUAGGGAUGGAGACGGUAACCGGCGUUGCGAACCUGCUUGACGAUGCGAACGAGCUAGGCGCCGUUGAUGUGAACAGUCUACGUGCUUGUCCUCGGUCUUGAAUAACACAUCGCAUCUUGGACGUAAACGGAACCCUCUCCAUCCCGUGAUCACACAGUCACACGCGAGUCACAUGAUGUGAGGACACGUGGAAAGAAAGAACGAACAGUCAAGGACAAAGAAGAAAACUUACCUCGACAGAAGGAACCCGUACCUGAUACGCUCAAUAGAACGCCAAAAACCAAUGACAACAAUACACUGCUGAUCUAGAAAAGGAACGAAAAAACGACUGACCCGAAAAAGUGCCAUCCCCUGGUUGGAAAAAUGUGGUGAUCGGCGGUGAACAUGGGGGACGGAAGGUGUGGCAAACGAACAGUUAACAACCGGCUAACUAGACGGCAAACUUUAUAUAUACAUACCAAGGGGUAGAUACCUGCUGUAUACAAACACCGAUCAUGCUAUGCUGCGAGCAUUUUCACUCCAUUAAAUUUCCUUUAUUAUGAGUAAUAAAACAUUAAAAAAUUUAGAGGCACGUGCUACAUAAUUAUGUGAUAAAUAAUUUAUUCAAUUAACAUAAUUCAUGCGCAGUCGUAUGUUGUUUUCAAAUCAUGUCAAAAUAGAACUGUUUCAUGAUUAGAUUAUUAUUAUUUAUUAUUAUGUUUCAUGAUUAGAUUAUUAUUAUUGUAUAUUAGAUUAGAGAUUUCCUUUUUUCGGCACUGGGAUUUCCUAGAAUUUUUUUGUGUAUAUUAUUAUAUGCGUAAUUAACAUAUUAUUAUAUGCGACAUGCCUGAAAAAGAGGUUGGGGAUAAAGUAGAGACUGUUUAGCACAGGCUGUUGAUUUGUAUUAGCGCACAGUAGCGUAGCCAGCUACGCCACUGUUCGAGCAUGCACUUUUAUUAUUUCCUUAACUUUAACUACGGCCCUUUUUACCAACAUAAUUAUAAUCAGCGAUGUUUUGCAGGGGGAACGCGGGGGAACGGCGUUCCCCUUGUGAAAAUAGGUAGUUUACGAUAAACGACACGCUUAGCUCGACGUCGCUAGUCAAUUAUUUUGCUUGAAAUAAGCUACAGGAAAUUGAUUAUGCUGCUAGGACUCUGAAAUAAUCAUACAAACGUUUUAAUUGUGCAGAGAACCUCCGAUAUCUAGCUGAUAUUGCAGUUUCAUUUAAGCCAUCGCGUUGCCGCUGCUUUCAUGUCAUUGAGAGGCCAUGAAAAUGCUUCGUUUGAAGGCGUCGCACGAAUGACAACGCUGCCAUGGACCACAAAUUAUGCAUAGCUAUUGUCUCGCGUGUGGAGUUUCUUUGUUUUGCAAGCGUCGUCGAGCUGGCUGCGUCGUGAAUCGUAAACUCCCUAACCACUCGUGGUGGAACGGUGUUUCCCCAAACGAUCGAGAAUUAUGCUGAGUAUAAAACUCAGGAAACUUUUAUAGCACUUUUACAAGUGUCUGAAGGUGGCUCGAUACAGUAUAUUUAGUGCGCUCUUUCGCGUGGAAACAUUAAUAGCCUCGCGACAUUUGUCUAGUUUUAUUUUCGAACGCACUGCCAAAACCAGCGAGAAACACAAACAUAAAUGCUGCUAUCAGAAUCAGAACAGCAUACGCGACGCGUGUUUGUUUCACGUGAUGCGUGUUUUUGACCCCCCCGUGUUUUUGACACGUCAUUAAAAAAUACCAUUUAAAAUUUCUUCUAAGUAAAAUAAUGCACAAAAAAAUUGGGGGUCACCGUGCUUCUUUUCCAACUAUCCGAGGCAAUUGGUCAUUUAAUUUUGGGGUGAAUUUUGUACACGUAUGUUGCCAUACCAACGGACGAUCUGUAACUAAAACUAAUACGAUUCAAAAGUAGAGAUAUCAAAAUAUAUAAAAACCCGUUGUUUGAA